GUUGUGCUGACAAACGGCUGAUACAUAAAGGCCAUCCAUCCAUCCACUUUUGUUAUUAUAUCAUACGUGUUGGUUUUUAGUAUGAACUGUGAAUUAUAGUCACGCAAACAAACUGUGGAUAUAUAUAUACACAUAUAUCUAUCUAUCUGAAUCAUUCGGGGGUGUAUUGACAAAAUAAAUAAACUAAUCUCUGUUAGAGUAUCACUGAAGAACACCCACAUCCACACACAACUUCUAAAUGAAAUAUGGUUUCUAAUAUAAAGGUUUUAUCCUCUUCUGCUGGAGAUGUAAUCAUCAGUGGUUACCUGCUGAAAAGUAGACGCACUGAAUUAUUUCGUAAACUCCUGUGGAAUUUGGAUUGUGUAAAACAUUCAUCAGAAUUUAAUAUAAGAGAUUGGAAGAAACGAUAUUGCAUUUUGUACAAAGUACGCAGAGAAAAUAAAACAGAAAUAUUUUUCGAUUAUUACAAAGAUGAAUCGUUUUCUAAAUUUAAAGGUCGUGUUGAUUUAGAGCAUUGUGAGUGUAUUGUUGAAAAUGUCAAUAUCGGUGGUCAACCGUGUGCUUUUUCACUGACAACCUUAUUCAAUGGACAUAAACGAAUUUAUUAUUUCAUUGCUGCAGAUAACAAAAUUAUGUCAGAUUGGGUACAGCAAUUGGCUCGUGUAGCUGAAUUAGUUGAUUUCUCUGCUAUGAAUACAGAUGUGAACUCAAGUCAACCAGUCGGAAAUAGCUGUUCUGGUGUCAAUAUUAGUAAUAGUAGUUGUACUAGUGGUAAUGUACCCCCCUUAUUCCAAAGGCCAGUGAAAACAUCCAUUGAUAAUUCCAUGAAUCCAAAUCCCAUUGACGGAAUCAAAUCGCCUGCUAAUAGUCCUAAUAAUCAUGUGGAUGAUAAUGAAGAUGAUUAUAAAGAUAUUGUUGGUGGUAUCGAUUAUUUAAUGUCUGGUUCUGAAUUAUUGGACGAUUAUCAUCACCUACCGAGUUCAAGUCAUUCUUAUGUAAAUUUAAUUAAUGAAGAUCCAGACGGAGAGAAAUUACCAUUCAAUACAAAUUACUCAUCUUUACCCCGACUUAAAGAAAUCCAUGAUGCUCACAUGAAAUCAUCUAACGGAGAAAUAUACGUGAAUGGAGAUGGUGGUGGUUCUGACGAUGACAACAAAAAUAAAACUCCUACUGGUGAUGGUAGUUCGCGUAAAAAUUCUUUAAAAAGACAAAAUUCUUCAAAUAGUGUUUACUAUAAUGUAUGGGAGUCUGAAGAUGGUUCUAAAGUUUCUCAAAAUCCAGUUACUACUAAUACCGAUGUUAAUUUAAAGCGGAAUAAUGAAAUAUCAUCAAAUACACGAAUUUAUCGAAGAAGUCGUGCAUUACCUGGCAAUAUACUUACAUCUGAUCAAGGUUUACCGAUGACGACAACAGUAACAGCAACAGUCACAACGACAACAAGUACAACACCUACGGCUGCUAAAACACUCCCUCCUGCUACUGUCAAUCGUAAACCUGCACCACCUCCACGUAUGAUUUCAUUGAAAUCAUCAACUAUUAAUAUACCUACUUCACUUACAAAUUCCACUUAUAAUACAAAUGUAUUAUCUGAAUUAAGUCCUGAAUUACCAUUACCAAUUCGUGUGAAACGAUCCCAGAUGUCGUUGGAUAGCACCAGUAGCAGCAGCAGUAGCUGUUGUAGUGGUGGUGGUGCUGGCGAUAAUGACGACGAAAAUACUACCAGUUUGGAGAAUGUUACAAUCGAUGGAAAUAACAAUCUAUCAUCAUCAUUCAGAGAAGAAAAUAAGGAGAAUAGAAUUUAUGCCGUUGAAAAUAAUCAUCAUCAUCAUCGAGAUAAUGAUGAUACUGUUAAAGUGUCUACAGAUUAUCAUCGGUCGACCGGUGGUGGUGGUGUUGGUGUUGGCAAUCCUCAGCCUGCUGUUGGCAUAGUACCAGUAACAACGCCCACUACAACAACAACUGUUUCUGGAAAACCUCAGUCCAAUCCUGGUAUCGGAAAAUCGAGUGGAUCCGUUCAAAAAAUCUCCCAAUUAAAUUAUAUUGAACCGUUCAACUUAGAUUUACGUACUUCUCAGCCAACUGUUGAACGUGUUAAUAGUCCUAUAACCACAUCCUCACCAUCAUCAUCAGAAACAAUAACUACAGUAUCGUCAACACCAGCGACAGGAACACCGAUGACAACAGGAUCGACAACGUCAGUAUCUGCAGCUAUAAAAACAAUACGUUUAAUUAAAAAGCCGUCUAUAACCUCCACUACGUCUACAGUAUUGAGUUCAACCAGUAGCAGCACGAGUUCAUCAGCAACAACAAAUCCAGUUGAACCUCCUCCGUCUUCUUCUCAUCACCAUCAUCAAUCCAGUGUAAUAAGUCGUUUACAACAUUUAAUCAAUACCGCAUCUAAUACACCAAAGUGUCCCCCUCCGCCUCCUACUACUUCUACUACCACCACUAUCCUACCUCAGUGUGAUUAUUCACCACUACCUCAUACUACUAACACUUUCAGUAAUAGUAGUAGUAUAAGUCAUACUGCUGCUACUACUACUACUAAUGCUAGAGAAGAUGAUGAACAUAUUGAAUAUCGAGAAAUUGAUCCAAUCAGUACAAAUGCCUUGGCUAUUGUCACAGAACGAUUUGGAUAGUGUGUCCGGUUGGGCGUUUGUGGUGUAUACACUGUAUUUAUAAUAAUAAUGCAUAUUGUGUUCGUUUAUAUAACUGUACCCCUGUUUCCCCUCCUCUUUCUCUCUCUUCUCUUGUCUCUGGUCUUGUCUUUUGUAAUAACUCUGGUAUUCAGCAAGAAAAAAGGUUGCAUAAGUCACGGUGUUAUUUUACAUUCCUUUGAUAUAACGAUGCCGAUGACAAAUGCCAAGAACUCAUAAUAUGUACUAGUGAUUAGAUUGACGAUAUAUGACUAUUAUUAUUAUCAGUAUUAUUAUUGAUAUUAUUAUUAUUUUGUACAUCUAUUUUAUAAUUAUGAAGAAAUAAAUGUUGUUUCGAAUUUA